GAACUUUGCGGGUUCUGAGCGAUGGCCAUGGAUGGCCCUGCCAUGGACAGAGACGUUAAAGCUCUGCAGUCAGGCCAUCAGCGAGUAUGGCUUCAGGGGUCAGUGGCGCGAAUCCACCAGUGUUUUGGCCGUCGCCAGAGAGGAGGGUAUCGCGUUGGAUCUACCGCUGUACCGGAAAGCCAUCAACGCAUGCAGAGAGAAUCGCCAAUGGAGGUCUUGCUCCGAGAUUCUGCGAUCCCUGCGACAUCUCGAGGGACAAGGAGUUCGUGCAGAUUCAGUCCUCUACGGGGCCAGCAUGGCAAGCGCCUCGGGUUUGAUGCCUGCAACGAUGCCCUGGAAUUUGAUGCAGGCAGCCAAGUGGGAUAGAGCUCUGGAAGUGCUACAGGGGCUGCGACAGGAUGGAACUCGAGCAGACGUGGCUUUCUGGCGGACAGCAUCCUCGGCCUGCGGACAGGGCAAUCGCUGGGAAGCAGCCUCCCUGCUGCUGUCGGAGAUGCGUUGGGCAGCUUUGCCGGUAGAAGUUGAGAGCUAUGCAGGAGCUAUGCUUGCAGCUCUGAAUACGGAUUGGCCUGCAGUACUUGCACUUUUCCGAGACCUGCGGCGACGUCCUCGAGUGUCCAUGAACACGGUCAUCUUGAAUACCGGGAUGCUGGCCGCAGACAGCGCUGGGCGGCCAGAUCGGGCUUAUCGCUUGCUGAGAGCCAUGCAAGAACUGAACGUGGAAGCGGAUGUGGUCAGCAUCACGAUGGGAAUGACAUCCGCUGAUGCCAUGACUUCCGGUUCCGGGAAGAACGGCUGGACGUUGGCCACCAGGAUCUUUUCAGAUGCUCUGGAAGCUGCUUUGGAGCCAAAUCGUGUGGCCUUUACUGCACUGAUAGAUCUCCAAGAGCGCGCUGGACGCUGGGAAUUGGCACAACUCGCCAUCGAACAUUCGCGCGCUGCACGGGUGGAGUACGACAGCGCGGCGUACCGAACCGCCAUGCGUGUGGCGAUUGGAUCAGAGUUUGUGUGGGCCAUGGGAACUGUGCCUCCCCUUCCGAUCCCGGAAAAAAAGAACGCCGCGCCCGAAGCUGAAACGGUCCAAGACGGGAGUAGUCGACUUGCCGUUGCAAUGUGAG